AUGUCUCAAGAAGAAUAUAGUUCUGGGGUACAAACCCCAGUUUCUAACCAUUCUGGUUUAGAGAAAGAAGAGCAACACAAGUUAGACGGUUUAGAUGAGGAUGAAAUUGUCGAUCAAUUACCUUCUUUACCAGAAAAAUCAGCUAAGGAUUAUUUAUUAAUUUCUUUCUUCUGUGUAUUAGUUGCAUUUGGUGGUUUUGUUUUCGGUUUCGAUACUGGUACUAUCUCAGGUUUCGUUAACAUGAGUGAUUACUUGGAAAGAUUCGGUGAGCUUAAUGCAGAUGGUGAAUAUUUCUUAUCUAAUGUUAGAACUGGUUUGAUUGUUGCUAUUUUUAAUGUUGGUUGUGCUGUCGGUGGUAUUUUCUUAUCUAAGAUUGCUGAUGUUUAUGGUAGAAGAAUUGGUCUUAUGUUUUCCAUGAUUAUUUAUGUGAUUGGUAUAAUUGUUCAAAUCUCAGCUUCUGACAAGUGGUAUCAAAUCGUUGUUGGUAGAGCUAUUGCAGGUUUAGCUGUUGGUACCGUUUCUGUCUUAUCCCCAUUAUUCAUUGGUGAAUCAGCACCUAAAACCUUAAGAGGUACUUUAGUGUGUUGUUUCCAAUUAUGUAUUACCUUAGGUAUCUUCUUAGGUUACUGUACUACAUAUGGUACUAAAACCUACACCGACUCUAGACAAUGGAGAAUUCCAUUAGGUUUAUGUUUUGUUUGGGCUAUCAUGUUGGUUAUUGGUAUGGUUUGCAUGCCAGAAUCACCAAGAUACUUAGUUGUCAAGAACAAGAUUGAAGAAGCUAAGAAAUCGAUUGGUAGAUCCAACAAGGUUUCACCAGAAGAUCCUGCUGUUUACACCGAAGUCCAAUUGAUUCAAGCAGGUAUUGAAAGAGAAAGUUUAGCUGGUUCUGCCUCUUGGACCGAAUUGGUUACUGGUAAGCCAAGAAUCUUUCGUAGAGUCAUUAUGGGUAUUAUGUUACAAUCUUUACAACAAUUGACUGGUGACAACUAUUUCUUCUACUAUGGUACUACUAUUUUCCAAGCUGUCGGUAUGACUGAUUCCUUCCAAACAUCUAUUGUUUUAGGUGUUGUUAACUUUGCAUCUACAUUUCUCGGUAUCUACACAAUUGAAAGAUUCGGUAGAAGAUUAUGUUUGUUAACUGGUUCUGUCUGUAUGUUCGUUUGUUUCAUCAUUUACUCCAUUUUGGGUGUUACAAACUUAUAUAUUGAUGGCUACGAUGGUCCAACUUCGGUUCCAACCGGUGAUGCGAUGAUUUUCAUUACUACCUUAUACAUUUUCUUCUUCGCAUCCACCUGGGCUGGUGGUGUCUACUGUAUCGUUUCCGAAACAUACCCAUUGAGAAUUAGAUCUAAGGCCAUGUCCGUUGCCACCGCUGCUAACUGGAUUUGGGGUUUCUUGAUCUCUUUCUUCACUCCAUUCAUCACCUCGGCUAUCCACUUCUACUACGGUUUCGUUUUCACAGGAUGUUUGUUAUUCUCGUUCUUUUACGUUUACUUCUUUGUUGUUGAAACUAAGGGAUUAACUUUAGAAGAAGUUGAUGAAUUGUAUGCCCAAGGUGUUGCCCCAUGGAAGUCAUCGAAAUGGGUUCCACCAACCAAGGAAGAAAUGGCCCAUUCUUCAGGAUAUGCUGCUGAAGCCAAACCUCACGAUCAACAAGUAUAA